AUGGUAUAUUUAAUUCAUAAUGAGUCUAAACUAAGUAUAACCCAAAGUGCCGUUGCCGGUGGCCUAGCGAGUGCGGUAACAAGAGCAAUAGCACAACCGCUGGACGUUCUAAAGAUAAGAUUUCAACUGCAGCUCGAACCUAUCCAGGAGGGAUCUAAAUAUAGCUCAAUACAACAAGCUGUUAAAUCAAUCGUGAAGGAUGAAGGAGUGUUGACUCUGUGGAGUGGGCAUGUACCUGCUCAAUUUCUUUCAAUAUCAUAUGGAAUAGCUCAAUUCGCAACAUUUGAAAAGUUAACUCAAAUAUAUCGACAUGUAGAUUCAGAGUUUUAUAGUAAUUAUAAACAUUCAAUAAAUUUUUCGAAUGGGGCUAUAGCUGCGAGCAUUGCGACUUUAUUUUCAUUUCCAUUUGACACAGUAAGAACAAGAUUAAUAGCUGAACAGAAAACGAAUAAAGUUUACAAGGGGUUUAUAAAUGCUUUCACAAAUAUUGUUAAAACUGAAGGAUCUGCGGCUUUAUUUAAAGAGAAUAUUUUGAAUGGACUGGAAUUCUUUCAAAGAAGAAAAAACAUUGGUUCAGUUAUAGAAUCUACACUGAUAGCCAAUUUAUUAGCCGGGGGAAUUGCUGGACUGAUUUCCAAAACCGCAAUUUAUCCAUUUGAUGUUGUGAAGAAAAGACUACAAAUACAGGGUUUUCAGCAGCAUAGAGAAUUUUUUGGACGACAAAUGUAUUGUAAUGGAACUCUCCAUUGCAUUAAAUUGACUAUUACUAAUGAAGGUUUUCUAGCACUGUACAAAGGGUACGGACCUAGCAUAUUGAAAGCUAUAUUUGUGUCGGCUUUACAUUUCGCUGUUUAUGAUGAAAUUAAAUAUUUUAUAUUAAGAAUACAGAGUUGA